CAUCCCCGCCCCGCCCCCCCGGGCCGUACCACCUCCGUGCCGCGCGGGGGGGGGGGCCGUGCCGGGAUGGCGGCGCCCCGCGCCGUGCUGCUGCUGAGCGGCAAGAGGAAGUCGGGCAAGGACUUCGUGGCCGAGCAGCUCCGCAGCCGGCUGGGCCCCGCCGUGUGCUGCGUGCUGCGCCUCUCCGCGCCGCUCAAGGAGCGCUACGCCGAGGAGCAUGGCCUGGACUUCCAGCGGCUCCUGGACGCCAGCGCCUACAAGGAGACGUACCGGCAGGACAUGAUCCGCUGGGGCGAGGAGAAGCGCCGUGCUGACCCAGGCUUCUUCUGCAGGACGGUGGUGGAGGGGGUGGCACAGCCGGUGUGGGUGAGUGGGGCCGGGGAGGAGCAUGGGGGGCGCGGGGCGGCCUCUGACGCAGCCUGGGUGCAGGUGGUGAGCGACACGCGGCGCCUCUCGGAUGUGGAGUGGUUCAGGGACGUCUAUGGGGACGCAGUGCAGACCGUGCGGGUCGUGGCCUCCGAGGAGACGAGGAAGAGGAGGAACUGGGUCUUCGUGGCAGGGGUGGACGACGCCGAGUCUGAGUGCGGCCUGGACCAGGGAGUGGCCUUCGACUGGGUAAUAACCAACGAUGGGGACGAGCUGUCCCUGGACAGGCAGCUGGAAGCGCUGCUGCAGUCCGUCCGCGCCCAGCUGUAGCUCCCACAUGGGAUUUGGGGGGCACGUGGCUCUUCAGAGCCGCUCACACGGGGCCUCAUCCUUCCCGGGGGCUUUACCCUGCAUGGGGAGCAUCGUGGGGGCCACCUGUGGGUCCCCAGUAGUGGGGCUGGGGAGGAGGAGACUGGGGGAGGCAGCCAGCCCCCCCAGCACCUCCAUCCGCUUCACCCACACCCCACAGGGGCCGUGCCUUCCCCCAGGAGCGAGGGGCUGCUGCUGUUCAGUGACCCUCAGCUGUGGCUCGGGGACUGUGUCCUGCGUCCCAUGUCCCCUGCGAGCCCAGCGGCGCUUCCCAGUUUGCCUCUCCUGUCCAGGCUGGGGGCGAUGUCUGCACUGGAAUAAAGCUCUGACGCUGAGAAACA